GAUGGCUGCGCCCUUGCAGAAGUGCUGAAGAAGUGCCUCUCCGGAGAAAUUCUCGGGAUUGUGCGGGAUUUUCGCGAAAACCAAAGCACCAAAUCAGCUACCAGGGUCGCUGGUUUGUAGAAGGAGGCCAUAAGACCCCAGUCAUCGCUAAGUGUGGCCGGUGCUUCGUGUGGCUGUGGCAGACUGUCCGUGUGAAGAUGGGCCUCGUCUCCAGCCCCUUCCCAUAGCGAAGAGCCGUGGGGAGAGGAGCCGCAGAUUCCCCUGCAAACACGCACCCGUCCAGCUUGGAUUCGACGGGUUUGACAUACUCUACAGGCUGUGGACGCUGCCCUACCAUUUUCUGACCAGGAUUGUUUGUGCGACCGUGUCUGUCAUCGUCCGGAGACGGAGAGCUUCCUCAGCCCGGGUCGAUAAUCCCACCGCACCAAGGGCCCUGAUGAAAAUGGACUCAGAAUUGCUUCAUUCGCCGGCCGUGGGCCUCGCAGAAGAAGAGGAGGCUGACAUGAAUGACUGGAAACUUCCACUGGCCUUCAUGAAGAAACGGCACUCGGAGAAGAUUGAGGGCUCCAAGGCCUUAGCACAGAGCUGGAGGAUGAAGGACAGGAUGAAGACCGUGAGCGUUGCGCUGGUGUUGUGUCUGAACGUGGGAGUGGACCCUCCUGAUGUGGUCAAGACCUCGCCCUGUGCCAGACUGGAGUGCUGGAUAGAUCCUCUGUCGAUGAGUCCACAGAAAGCCCUGGAGACCAUCGGGGCCAACCUGCAGAAGCAAUAUGAAAACUGGCAACCCAGGGCACGUUACAAGCAGAGUCUGGACCCCACAGUGGAUGAGGUGAAGAAGCUGUGCACAUCACUGAGACGUAACGCCAAAGAGGAACGAGUCCUCUUCCACUACAACGGCCAUGGGGUGCCACGGCCCACCGUCAACGGGGAGAUCUGGGUCUUUAAUAAGAACUACACCCAGUACAUCCCGCUGUCCAUCUACGACCUGCAGACGUGGAUGGGGAGCCCGUCCAUUUUUGUCUACGACUGCUCCAACGCGGGAAUCAUUGUCAAGUCGUUUAAGCAGUUCGCCCUGCAGAGGGAGCAGGAGCUGGAGGUGGCAGCUAUCAACCCCAGCCACCCACUCGCUCAGAUGCCGCUGCCUCCCUCCAUGAAGAACUGCAUCCAGCUGGCCGCCUGCGAGGCCAGUGAGCUGCUGCCCAUGAACCCCGACCUCCCAGCUGACCUCUUCACCUCCUGCCUCACCACACCCAUCAAGAUCGCCCUCCGAUGGUUUUGCAUGCAGAAGAGUGCCAAGUUGGUGCCAGGGGUGACGUUAGACCUCAUCGAGAAGAUCCCUGGCAGGCUCAACGACAGACGUACUCCCCUCGGUGAGCUCAACUGGAUCUUCACAGCCAUCACCGACACGAUCGCCUGGAAUGUGCUGCCUAGAGAUUUGUUCCAGAAGUUGUUUCGUCAGGACCUGCUGGUGGCCAGCUUGUUCCGCAAUUUCCUGUUAGCGGAGAGGAUAAUGAGGUCAUACAACUGCACACCAGUCAGCAGUCCUCGUCUGCCCCCUACAUACAUGCACGCCAUGUGGCAAGCAUGGGACCUGGCUGUGGACAUCUGCCUCUCUCAGCUACCUACCAUUAUUGAGGAGGGCACCGCCUUCAGACACAGUCCUUUCUUUGCGGAGCAGCUCACAGCGUUUCAGGUGUGGUUGACGAUGGGUGUGGAGAACAGGAACCCUCCUGAGCAGCUCCCGAUAGUACUGCAGGUCCUCCUGAGUCAGGUGCAUCGGCUGCGAGCUCUAGACCUGCUCGGACGGUUUCUGGAUCUGGGUCCCUGGGCCGUCAGUCUGGCCCUGUCUGUGGGGAUCUUCCCCUACGUGUUAAAGCUGCUCCAGAGUUCAGCCAGAGAGCUGCGGCCGCUGCUGGUUUUCAUCUGGGCUAAAAUCCUCGCUGUGGACAGUUCAUGUCAAGCUGACCUGGUGAAAGACAACGGACACAAGUACUUUCUGUCGGUGCUUGCUGACAGUUACAUGCCAGCUGAGCAUCGAACCAUGGCUGUGUUCAUAUUGGCUGUUAUUGUCAACAGCUACAACACAGGACAGGAGGCCUGCCUGCAGGGCAACCUGAUAGCCAACUGCCUGGAGCAGCUGUCAGACCCCCACCCUCUGCUCCGUCAGUGGGUGGCCAUCUGCCUGGGCCGCAUCUGGCAGAACUUCGAUCCGGCCCGCUGGUGUGGAGUUCGGGACAGCGCCCACGAGAAGCUCUACACCCUGCUGUCGGAUCCCAUCCCAGAGGUGAGGUGUGCGGCUGUUUUUGCUCUGGGGACCUUUGUGGGAAACUCUGCUGAGAGGACGGACCACUCCACCACCAUCGACCACAACGUGGCUAUGAUGCUGGCCCAGCUCAUCAACGAUGGAAGCCCUGUCGUUCGCAAGGAGCUGGUUGUAGCACUUAGUCACCUGGUGGUCCAAUAUGAGAGCAACUUCUGUACAGUUGCCCUCCAGUUUAUAGAAGAAGAGAAGAACUACACUGUGCCGUCACCAGCCAACACCGCAGAGCCUGGUAACCUGACUCCAGUGAGGGACAGCCCGGCGAUCCCACGCCUGCGAUCAGUCAACUCCUACACCAACAUCCGAGCCGCUACCACUGCCCGCAACCUGAACAAGAGCCUGCAGAACCUCAACCUCAAUGAAGAGGGUGGACCAGCAGCCUUCUCUCCUGGUAACCUGAGCACCAGCAGCAGCGCCAGCAGCACCCUCGGGAGCCCCGACAACGACGAGUACAUCCUCUCCUUCGAGACCAUCGACAAAAUGCGACGGGUGUCCUCCUAUUCUUCCCUCAACUCUCUCAUAGGUGUGUCCUUCAACAGUGUGUACACGCAGAUCUGGAGGGUGCUGCUACAUCUUGCCGCAGACCCCUUUCCUGAGGUGUCGGAUCUGGCCAUGAAGGUCCUCAACAGCAUAGCAUACAAGGCAACGAUGAAUGCUCGGCCUCAGAGGAUCCUGGACUCUGGAUCGCUCACCCAGUCGGCCCCAGCCAGCCCCACCAGCAAGGGCACGCACAUCCACCAGGCUGGUGGUUCUCCUCCCAUGCCCAGCACCAGCAGCUCCAGUCUGACCAACGAGGUGCCCAAACCCCCCACCAGAGAGCAACCGGCAACACGGCCUCCCUACACCCCCACAUUGGGAGGACAGGCGCCCCACUCCCACCAGUUCCCCCGCACUCGCAAGAUGUUUGACAAAGGACCUGAGCAGGCAGCUGAGGAUGGUGACGAGCCGGGUGGUCACAGGAACUACAUCAGUCCCGCCCUCCAGACGGGGCUGUGUGAUUGGAGUGCCAAGUAUUUCGCUCAGCCUGUCAUGAAGAUCCCAGAGGAGCAUGACCUGGAGAGUCAGGUGAGGAUGGAGCGGCAGUGGAGGUUCCUGAGAAACACUCGAGUGAGAAGGCAGAGCCGAGGCAUCACUCAAAGAGGUGUCUCACGUCUGGAUGAUCAAAUAUUCAUCAACCGAAACCCUGGAGUACCGUCUGUUGUGAAGUUCCACCCCUUCAACACCUGCAUCGCUGUGGCCGACAAGGACAGCAUCUGUUUCUGGGACUGGGAGAAGGGCGAGAGGCUGGACUACUUCUACAACGGAAACCCUCGUUACACUCGCAUCACAGCCAUGGAGUACCUGAACGGGCAUGACUGCUCAUUACUGCUCACGGCAACAGAUGACGGAGCGUUACGUAUAUGGAAGAACUUUGCUGACCAGAAGAACCCGGAGAUGGUGACGGCGUGGCAGGGCCUUUCAGACAUGCUGCCCACUACCAGAGGUCAGCCCUCCUCCAGCGCUCACAGUCUGGCCAGAAGGGUCUCCAUCUAUCUUGACAGGAGUAAGCAAGGAGGUGCAGGCAUGGUUGUCGACUGGGAGCAGGAGACGGGUCUCCUUAUGACGUCUGGAGAUGUGCGAGUCAUCAGGAUCUGGGACACUGACAGGGAGAUGAAGGUCCAGGACAUCCCAACUGGAGCAGACAGCUGUGUGACCAGCCUGUCCUGUGACUCCCAGCGUUCGCUCAUCGUUGCCGGUCUGGGUGACGGAUCUGUACGCGUAUUCGACAGGAGGAUGGGUCCCAAUGAAUGCCGGGUGAUGACCUACAGGGAGCACGGAGCCUGGGUGGUCAAAGCUCACCUACAGAAGGAGACAGACGGACAUAUUAUCAGCGUCAGUGUUAACGGAGAUGUUCGAUUCUUUGAACCUCGGUCGCCGGACUCCAUCAACGUGCUACAGACAGUGAAGGGGUUAACAGCCCUGGACAUCCACCCGCAGGCCAACCUGUUUGCCUGUGGAUCGAUGAACCAGUUCAUAGCAGUCUACAAUGCUAACGGCGAUGUGAUCAGCAACAUAAAGUACUAUGACGGCUUCAUGGGACAAAGGAUUGGGGCCAUCAGCUGUUUAGCCUUCCAUCCUUACUGGCCCCACUUGGCGGUAGGCAGCAACGACUACUACAUGUCCAUUUAUUCAGCAGAGAAGAGGCUCAGAUAACACACCAGCAUUCAUCACCCCCCUCCCCAACAAAACCACCACAUAUGACUUCUGACCCUGAGCCCCCAGCUCCGGGAUGUAAAUGACAUUUUUGUUGUACAUAUGCAAUUACCACCCUGAAUGUUCUAGUGAUGGCUGCUGACAAAAAACUCAUGCUACGAACGACGAUAUAAAUAUUCUUAUUAUUAUUCUCAUUGUUUAUUCAUAUUCUUAUUAUGAAGCUAAUGAUUGUAGACUUGGCUGUGCUGAGGAGUGUGUAUAUUUAAAUAGCGUAUACAGAAGAAUAGAGGUUCUAUUUUAAAGAAGUGGUACCCACCGAUCACGGGGGCUCCUCCUCGCCGCACAGCGAGCAUCACUACCUGAAUGAACUGUGACCCCAGUGAACUGAGGGAGGGGGGGGGUCGCCCAGAGGACAACACAGACUGUUGAAACACAUUCACUGGUGCAGGAAACACGAGCUUGCCCUCCGCUGGACCCCGGUGUGUUUAUAAAUUCAUUGUAAUGGACACAGAGUUUUGCUACUUUGCAAGACGUUUGUAAGGACGAACCCAGAGCUGGUGGACUGUGCUCCUUCUUGCCUGACACGUUGACGAAGCUGACGUGAUGAGUGUUUCGUGUGUGUGUGUGUGUGUGUGUGUGUGUGUGUGUGUGUGUGUGUGUGUGUGUGUGUGUGUGUGUGUGUGUGUGUGUGUGUGUGUGUGUGUGUGUGUGUGUGUGUGUGUGUGUUAAAAUGGAUUAUAGCACAGAUGUUCCCCACAGUGGGCCCUCAUAGCCUUGGACUUAAAUGAUGCCCAAAAAAAUGCCUGCUCCCAUGCUAGAACUCUCCUUCUUGCUUCCUGACCCCAGUGUGCCAAACAUAAUCCUAUUUUCCAUGCAAGCCCCUUUGUUGUGGCUCAAGGGGGUGUUUUUGUGGGUUAAUUUGUUUCUAAACUUAAUCACCUGUAAAAAGGGAAACCCUCUAUGGCCCCUAGGAUGACACAUACCCUGAUAUCUAGCACAGUGAGAGGAGGGCUGGUUUAUGCUAAGCACCCAGUCCUAUAGGGAUUCUGCAGCACCUGCCUGCCUGCCCUGCAAAGCAAUAAAAACCUCCCUUGAUUCAGCCUCAAGCUCCUCCUCGACGUUUCCUAUAACGGAAAAAUAACACUUCAGCUCGAAGGUGAUAGCAGCACCGAAUGCCAUCGAUAGCUUCAGACAGUUGCCCACAACCCAACCACCCAGAGGUGCCACAGUAUAGCAAUACAAACACACCCAUUUCAAUUCACAGCGGUGUAAUUCUUUCUUUUUACAUACUCGUAGUAUCAGAUGGGUGCCUUUUUUACCCCAUCAGCUCACACCAUUGACAGGAGAGAUAUCAAUUAAAUUAACCAAUAUGUCCAAGUCCUCCCAAUGUGGAAUUAAAAGAGAGCAAAAGAAGCCCUGAAAAUACUUUUUUGGCCAGCUCCAGAUGAGGGCACUGGCCCUCAUGUGCCAGUCGAUCUUUUUCUGGCAUCUGGAAAAAAUAUAUAGAAGAUGACCCUGGUUGCUUAUCUAAUCACAGUGAGGGGCAGCUCAGUUGAGACUCCCUUUGAGCACACUGCAGGUUUUAAGAACUUAUAGGUUAUGUGACUCAUCACACCAGGGAUCAGCUGCCACCCCACUGUUUGAACCAUUUUUCAUUUUGAUUAAACCUUCUGCAAGGUUUCUUUUUUUUUCUUUGAGUUUUUAUUUAGGAUUUUAUUGCCAGAUAUGUUUGGUUUGAAUUUGUUUAACACAGUUGAGGCGUAAAGUGAGUUGCAUGUUAAUGCUGGUGUCAUCAGAACUGUGGCACUCUCUUUAACUCUGUACCUGUACAUGGUCACUGUGUCAAGUUUUAGUCAGCGUCCUAAAUCUCGCUCAGGUACUCCAUGAGCCACCUCAAACCAAGGUUGAGCAACUACCAGCCUCCCCCAGUGUCUGCAGCAUGAUGGACUGGUGCAGUUAGUUACAUGACAUGGUGCGGUGUCACUCCAGAGAUUAUGGAAAUUGUUGACGUAAGUAAAGGCACCUCUUUUAUAAGAAGGGGGGGGGCCUCUGAUUUUCUUUUUUCUUUUUUGUGCAGUAUCACCAUCAGUGUGCCUCUUCCUGGGGCUGCAGCUUUGCUUAUUCAGCUUUUUAAACUCUUUACAAUCUUUAAAAGCUUUUUCUCUUUCAGUUUUGUAAUUUUAUGUUUUUAAUUCUGCUGGCAUUUGUUUGCCUUAGCCUCCAUGAGGUGGAGGGGGAAAAAAGUGGGGACAGCCUUACCCUCUUUCUCACACACACACACACACACACACACACACACACACACAUUGCUCUACCAUGCCCCCUUCAUCCCUAGUGUACUGCAACAGCCGCCCCCUCCUUUCUUUCCUGCCACGCCCACCUCACCCCUCUGCAUCGGCUGUCCUGAGCUUUGCUUUUCCCCGCAGAAGGAAUAGACUCUAUGACUGAAAGUGAACUGGGAACACACACCAUACAGUCUGUAUAAGCGACUGCAGUUGCAGUGACCACAUUAGUCCCCACUAUCACCCCGUCACUGUGCUCUUUAGCGCUCUCUGUGGUUUAGCAGGCCUCAACUGCUUCACCGGCUCAGCCCAAAUCGUGUAUUUUGGCGUCGGGCAGUUUGCUCAGAAUCACAUUCAUCUCUAAGUAUCCUGUUUUGAGUUUUAAGAUUUUAGAUCUGAAGAAAAAGACUUUAUCAAAGUAGUCAGAAAGGAAAAAUGAAAACAAUCAGGUUUGUCUCUGUGACUGUAGACUGCUUUGCUGACUGUGGUUUAUAAGACAGGAGAUGAAAUCAAUGAAAUAAACCAAAUACAACACCGGA